GUGCAAGUCCUGGUUCCUGGCAGCUGGUUUCAGAGCGAAGAUUGGAAAGAGCUCGUGGAAGGGAAGGAUGCCUCCACCACGCUGGCAGCAGGUUCGAAAGACCUGUAUCACGUGCAGAUCUCCAGUCUGCAGCCCGAGACAAAGUACAGCAUCCGCCUCGUGCCUCCGGCAGACGCGGCAAGAAAGUGGAGCCUCCACUGCGAGUGUGAGACGCUGGGUAGGCCGCAGCGCUCCAGUCCACCUCGGUGCCUAGCCCGAUGGCCCGAGAAGUUGCAGAUUGAGUGGAAGGUGAGGACCCCGACAGGCGCCCCGAUCCUCGAGUGCCAGGUCCAGCUGUACUCGCAGGAGCUCUUCAGCCUUUGGCAAGAUGUCUUUGCGCUGGAAGAUGUGGCCGUGGCAGAUAGCAAAGGAAGCAAGGCGACCGACCACGAAGAGACGUGGAGUGCCGUCAUUCCCAACCUCAAAGUUGCUACCAGCUAUCACUUCCGGGUGAAGGCCCGCAACACCGUCGGGUGGUGUACGGAUUUUUCGGAUGAGGAGGUCUGCCGCACAUCAGAGCCUCCGGAUCCCCCGAGCAAGCUCAAGAUCUUGUCCAGGAAGCCAGGCAAAGUGGAGGUGGAGUUCGAGUUUACAGAUGCUGAUGGGUGUCCAGUCUCACAUAUUGAGCCAGAAUACUGCUUGAAGCAGCCUGAGGGUGGCAUCGCUGGAGUGAUUCCUGGAGAGAGUGCUGAUGGCAUCGGCUACAUCUUGGAUGCGGCAACGUGGUGGUGGCAGACGCCGCUCAACUUUCAGGUGUCGCUGCAGGAUGCAGAGGCGUCCGCGCCAACGCGCUCCAAAGAUGUGCGACGCGCGAUGGUCACAGUUGGGGAGCUGAAGCCUGAACAGACGAUCUGGCUCCGUCUCUGGGCGGUGAACAAGGCUGGCCGCUCCCUACAACCAUCGCAGCCCUUGGCAUGCCGGCCCUCCGACAGGCCUGCGAAAGUCGACGACCUGUGCUGCAUCGUGCGUGGGGCCACGUGGCUGGAGGUCCAGUGGCGCACCCGGGAUCCAGAUGGGGCUCCAGUCUUGGAAUGCAGCGUCGAGGUGAGCCGGGAGAACUUCCUCAGCACCUGGAUACCUCUUGCGAGGAGUUGCCUGUGGCUGUGUGGGCGAAGCACUUGGCGAGCUCGAGCCAUUGGCCUGACCACGGAGAGCGACUUCCGCGUCCGCGUUCGCGCAAAGAAUGAGGUCGGCUGGUCAGUCGCUGAACCCGCUCAGAUCAGCUGCCGGACAGCUGAGCGGCCUCACAAGCCCAGACAGCUGCAGUGUGUCGAAGCGGGAAGAAACCAUGUGCGGAUCGAGUUCAAGGUGCCGAGCAACUUCGGGCAGGAGGAGCGCGUCAGCAAAGUGCGGGUGGAGCAAGCCGGGGUGUUGGUCUGGAAUGAGCUCCCGUCGCAGUGUUUGGACUUCGAGCCGAUGGAGACAGUUGAGAGCAGCGCUAUGGAGCCCACGGUUGAGGAUGUCGAUCUGGGCCCAUUCUGGAAUGCGGAGCUCACACUAAGGGCAUUUGCAGUGGUGGUUCGCAGUUUGGAGCCAAACUCCCACUACACCUUCCGCCUGGAUGUUGCCAACGAGGUCGGAUGGAGCCGAAAAUCCGAGCCCUUCGCAUGCCACACCGUUUGCCGGCCCGACACUCCCCAGCUGCGCGAAGGUCAGCACCAGGUGCCGUAUGAGCUGCGGAUCUGUUGGGACCAGAGGGAUCCUUUGGGUGGAGCCAUCUCCGAGUCGGAGGCACAGAUUUGCGAGUCCUCUCUCUUCACGCUGUUCUCCGGCUGGGCGGCGCCGAAGGACUUCCUGCUCUUGCGCCAGCCAACGCUGCACGACAUGGUUUGUGAAGAUGAGGAGCUGGCCAUUAGCACCACCUGGGUAGCGAGCUUUGGGUGCUUGAAGCCCGGCGUGGAGUAUGUCAUGCGGAUCCGCACUGGCAAUAUUGCAGGCUGGUCGGAAUGGUCUGAGCCAUUGAAGGCCUUCACUGCACGUCCGCCGGUCAUCUCCAGAUGCCUCUUGGCACAGGUCCCAGGCAACAUGCCGGGCAGCCAGCCAGACUGGAUUGUCGAUAUUCUGAUGGAUGAGCGCGGCUCCCGUACGUUCCUGUGCGCAGUUGACUUCAACUGCACGCUCCGAGAUGCAUCUUUCGUAGAUACGACAAGCUGCAUGAAGGGCAGCACAGUGGCCAGGCAUAUCAUCAACUCCAGCUGGAGGGCUCGCUUUCCAGGAGAGUUGCUUCCAGCCGGCAAUCAGAAGAUGGUGGUGACGGUAAGUGCGGCCAGCGACGCUGGCUGGAGUCCGAGCAUACACAAAGCUUCUGAGAAUCCAGAUGUUCAAGAUAGCCAGGGGAAAGCCCCCAGCUGGGACAUGCCGUCCGCUGCCACGUCGCCCAGUGCCCUACCUGCGAUCACCGAACUUGGCCACAGCCUGAAGGCUUUCCUUGCGACGGUUGAGGAGAAGUUACGCGACGGCCAGAAGGAGAUUGCAUCACUCAGCUCAGCCGCCUCUUCAACUCCGAGCCGCUGGACGGACGCGCAGCUGCAGCGGCUAUCGGGCCAAGCCGACAACCUCGACAGGGCACGAGAAGCGCUCGGAUAUCUGAAAGCGGUCGAUGAGAAGCCCGAGAGGUGCGAGAGCUGGCUGGCCGCGUGCGGCGACAGAGUGGCCUACAAGCAGCGUGUCAUAGAACAAGAGAGGGCGGCUGUGAAUUCCCACGCGGUUCGUCAAGGAGCUCUUUGGGAAGACUUGCGGCAAGACGGGUGCGAGACUGCAGGCCUGCUUGCGGAUUUCCAGCUGUUGCUUGAGGGCUGUAUUUGGCUGGAGCAUGUACGCAACAAACAGCUGGAUCCGUUGUGGGCGCGGUUGUGCCACAUUUCUGGUGAUGGCAAGGGCAAGCCAGACACAGCUGCCACGGAACCUUCCGUCGGGCAGCACCCCGCUCGUGUGGUGCGGUUGUGGGCAGAGAAGCGUGAAGCAUGGGCUGCGAGGUUUGAUGCGCAGCUCGUGAGCGUAACAAAGCAAGCUAUCACCAGUGCUGGGCAACUCCUAGCGACUGCAAGGAGCGUUCCGCGCCUACCUGAUUCCACAUCUUUGGAUGGCUUCCUCCGGUCAGCCCUGGUCGUGCGGACCGAGGCAGCAGAGGUCUCACACUCUGCACUGGCCUGCUUUGAGCCUGCAUUCUGUGCAGAGCUGCGCGAACAGACCUUGCAGGUCAUGAGUGCGCUGAAGAAUCUGCGGACGAGUGCAGACUCGCAGUUCCGCAAGCUCAAUCGGGCCCUUCAGUUGCUGGCAGUUGCUUCCCAAGGUGAGGCCAGCGUUUCAGCAACAGAUGGAGGUGCUCACAGCUUUCCAGAGGUGAGCAUGACAGACAAACUCUCCCAAACUGCCUUGGGCUUGAUUCUCACCAUGGUCAUGCCUGUGCCUGGCACUGUAGAGCUCGGCGUGGUCUCAAUUGGUGCACUUUGGCUGCAGGGCGACUCUGCCGGGAAGCACUUGGUGGUGGAGCACUCGCGCACUCCGGACUUCGACCCCUUGGGCCGUUUUCAACAACAGCCAAGGCCAAGUGUCCGGAAGCUCAUUGCCAGCUGGACACAGGACACUGCUCCAGAUGCCGAUGUCGCCUCCAAUGAAGCCACGGCCACCCCUGAAAACUCGCAACCGGUCGCCGGGACGCCUGGGACUUCUGGGACCGUGUUGGUGCACAACGCUGCGUCCCGCAUGAUCACCGUGCCUUGCGCUGCAACCAAACCCCAAAAACGACUUAAGUCUGUUCAACUGUCUACCCCAGCUCCACCCUCCCAUUCCUAG